ACACACACUGCAGUGUUUGCAUAGACUGAUAAGCUAAGAGAGAGAGAGAGAGAGAGAGAGCAGGGAGGGAAAAUAGCCCAGCUACAAGCGUGAAAACACACACAGGGGUGAGAAAGCCUAUGAUUGUGUUACAGAGAGAGCAGAUAGGUGCAUAAAAUACAGCAAAAAGACUAAGGGGAGAAAAUUCAGUCAAACAUAGAGAGAGAAGAGAAAGGGAAGAAGAGAGAAAAUACAGAGGUAAAGACAGAAGGAGGAAGUGUGAGGGGUUUUGCUGCUGUGCUGGGAUCAUGUCUCUGAAUGGGAAGGUGGCUCUGGUGACCGGUGGGGCUCAGGGAAUUGGGAGAGCUGUGGUCCAGUCACUGCUUCAGAACUCAGCCAAGGUGGCUGUAGUCGACCUGAACAAGACCUGUGGUGAAGAGUGCAAGGCAGAGCUUGAUGCCGAGUUUGGAGAAGGAAACUGCAGCUUUAUUCCAUGUGAUGUGUCCAACGGAGACGCACUGAGAAAUGCAUUCCAGAGCACCGUUGAUCAGUUUGGUCAUCUGGACAUAGUUAUCAACAAUGCCGGCAUCAACAAUGAAAAGAACUGGGAGAAGACCAUACAAGUCAACCUGACUUCAGUGAUUAAAGGGACCUACUUGGCUCUGGAACACAUGAGUAAAGAGUACGGCAAGGAGGGAGGCACCAUUAUCAAUGUAUCCUCUAUGGCAGCCUUCCUGCAUUCUCCUUAUCAGCCCGUCUACACGGCGACCAAACACGGAGUCAUUGGCUUUACCAGAGCUAUGGCGGACGCGUCCUCUCAGGGCAACUAUGGCGUUCGCAUCAACGUCCUGUGUCCGGCCUUCGUCGACACUCCUCUGCUGCACUCGGUGGAACAUGAGGACAACAUGGGAAAGUUCGUCAAGUUCAAAGAUGACUUCAAACUCAGCAUGAGCAAGUUUGGAGUUUUAAAGCCGUCCUUGAUAGCAGAGGGCAUGAUGAAGUUGAUUACAGACACCAGUCUGAACGGAGCCGUGAUGAAGAUCACCUGCUCAAAGGGAAUCCACUUCCACACCUAUGAGCCCAUGUCUGCCUGAGCCUUGAUAUUCUGGACUCCACGCUGCUGCUGCUGAGGAUAAAGACGCAGAAUCUUUAUCCUGUCUGAAUGCAAAACACCAGAAACUGGUUCAGGACAUGUGGCUGCUGCUGGACUUCAUUUCAGAACUGUGUCAGAGCAUCUUUUUGAUUCUACGGGGAAAAUCAUGUAUAUAGGCCAACUGGUGUAAUAGUAGUAUACUGCCAGUCUAAUUUUAACAAUUAUGUUAACUCUUUGAAAUCUUGAGUGAUUAUGAUCAUGUUACAAAAUUAUGAUAAAAGCCCCUUUAACAGGUCAA